GUCUCCCGGAAGUCCUGGCGCCGAAGGAUCCUAUCCAGGCCGCUUUCCUACUUGUGAAAAAGAAAUGGAAGCCUUGACUGAUGCUACAUUACUUGCAACUAAAAUUAAAAACACACUGUGCCAGUACCACAGUAUUGAAGAUAAUAAGUGGAGAAUUGCUAAGAAAACAAAAGAUAUAACAGUUUGGCGGAAGCCAUCAGAUGAAUUCAAUGGAUAUCUCUACAAAGUGCAAGGUGUUAUAGAAGAUGUAACUAAUAACAUUAUAGAUUGCAUACGCCCAGGACCUCGUCGCCUAGACUGGGACAGCUUAAUGACUUCCAUGGAUAUCAUUGAGCAGUUUGAAGAGAAUUGCUGUGUGAUGCGUUACACGACUGCUGGGCAGCUGUGGAACCUCAUUGCACCAAGAGAAUUUGUUGAUUUCUCUUAUACCACACAAUAUGAAGAAGGGCUUUUGUCAUGUGGUAUAAGUCUCCACUAUGAAGAAAUGAGACCAGAUUUUGUCCGUGGAUAUAAUCACCCCUGUGGUUGGUUUUGUGUUCCACUUCAAGACAAUCUUGCUAAAAGUCUUUUGACAGGCUAUAUUCAGACAGAUCUUAAAGGGAUGCUUCCUCAGUCUGCAGUAGAUACAGCUAUGGCUAGCACCCUGGUAAACUUUUUUGGUGAUCUCAGAAAAACUCUGAAGACUUAAAUGGAUGUGAACCAAAAUAUCAUAAACUCUUAUCAUCUACCAUUCCUCUUUCCUGUAUUACAUUGUAAAAAUCUCGGGCUAGAUUAGAACUUUAUUGUUCUAGAGCUUCUUUUAUUCCUAAUGCCUAAAUCCCUGUAUUCCUAAUGCCUUUAAAUAUGCUUGUAGUAGAGUUGUAACUACUGUACUGGUUAAAAACACAAAAAAAUGGAUUUCAUCUUCUUAAGAGCUGAUUAGUAUCUCAAUGUGAAUAUAUAUUGUCUUCAUAGGAAUCAUCAGAAGCACCAACUUUAUGUUGUUAGGAUUUUUUA